AUGUGCGGGUCCUGGUCCCUUUGUUGGUUCUCCGGUUCAUUUGGAAGAGUAGAAACUCAGCAAGAUUUGAAGCAGCUUCGGUCACUCCGGCCCAGGCGGGAUAAAGGUGUUGCCCCUAUUACUUGGAAAAAGCCACCGCCGGGGUGGCUCAAGCUUAACACUGAUGCCAGGGUCCUACACGGCAGGGUAGCUGGGGAAGGGGUCUUGCGUGACCACUGUGGGAAGGUGUGCUACGACUAUUAUAAGGAGUUUGGAGAGUUAGAUGUAUUGGAAGCGGAGGCGCAAUCACUCCUGCACGGUCUCCAGUUGUGUGCAGAUCGCGAGGUGGGGGCAUUGACUGUAGAAUCAGACUCUAAGCGGAUGGGUGCAUCCCUUCACCAUGUAUUUCGUGAGGCCAAUUCGGUGGCGGAUGCAUUGGCUUCUCUGCAAUUGGGAGGGCAACAGUACCACAUCUUAGACGCGGCCCUGCCUCUCAGGGCUAGAGGAGAGGCACUUCUGGAUCGUCACGGAGUACCUCGGCUUCGUGAGGUGCUCAUUUAG